UCCGAGUUGACUCAUUUCAGACUUGAAAAUGUUUUGUCGGCGAUUGCGAAGCCAAAAGUCCUUACAACUCACAAGUCUGCAACGAUAAAUCCUCUAUUCUUCUCUAUCUCUCCGCAAAAUCUCUCUCUCUCUCUCUCUCUCUCACACACACACACACACAAACUGGACACUGAAAUGGCAGAAAAUAAAGAAUCCACGUCGUCGAGUGCACUGGGUCAAGGUGCCCCUGUUGAAGAUGCCGAAGAUCAUGCCAAGUCUCCUCCUAAUUCCCCCAAUUCUUCCACUCGUAAGGCUUGCUAUGCAGUUCUUCAAAGUUGGGUUUCAAAGAAGUUUAUGACUGGAUGUGUGGUUCUCUUUCCUGUGGCUGUUACAUUUUUUAUCACGUGGUGGUUUAUUCAGUUUUUUGAUGGCUUCUUCAGUCCCAUUUAUGACAGGCUCGGCAUUGACAUAUUUGGCCUCGGAUUCAUUACGUCAAUAAUUUUCAUAUUCUUUGUCGGUAUAUUUGCUUCGUCAUGGGUGGGUGCCACCAUUUUCUGGCUUGGAGAAUGGUUUAUUAAGCGAAUGCCCUUUGUAAAGCACUUAUACUCAGCCUCCAAACAAAUUAGUGCUGCCAUUUCUCCAGACACAAAUACCACUGCUUUUAAAGAGGUUGCGAUCAUCCGUCAUCCUCGUGUUGGUGAAUAUGCAUUCGGUUUUAUCACAUCAUCAGUUGUUCUUCAGAGAGAUAAUGGUGAUGAAGAGUUAUGCAGUGUUUAUGUCCCAACAAAUCAUCUUUACAUUGGGGACAUAUUUCUGGUUAAUUCCGAAGAGAUCAUAAGACCAAAUUUGUCUAUUCGAGAGGCUAUAGAGAUCAUUGUCUCUGUGGGUAUGUCGAUGCCACAGAUGAUUUCUCCUGUAGAAAGGGUUCCUCAUCAAAACGAUAGGAUCCCUCUUAACAGAAUGAUUUGAAAGGGAAUAUCGUCCUUAAGACAUGUUUUCAUGAUUAGAGAAUUACUUGUUCAUAGAAUGCACUUCUGGGAAGAUGAAACCAUGUUUGGUGGUGAGACGGAAAUCUCAUUAUAGCAAAUUUACUUUAGAUACUACGUUGCUUGUGUUCCUUGUAGUUUUACUUCUGUCCCUGUGUAAAAAAAGUAUGGAAAUACUGGAGACUGUUUUCCUUUUAAAUUUCAUUUACCAUUGUCAUAA